CGUUGACGUUGUUCACAGAUGAGGCCAUCAUUGAGCAUUGCGAAGAAGUCGAUCGAGUCAAGCGCAGGGCAGCCAAACGCUGAGCCUGGCCUGCCUAAGCUAUGCCGGCUGCGCUGCCGUUUGGCAACACCGCCCGCCACGCGCCCCUUCCGUCCCCACUCUCCUCGGCGCGGCUCAGUCUCGAUGCGCAGCAACAGGGCCGGAGACAGGCCAUUACUCGGCGUGGCUGUGAAGGCAUGGAUGGUGGCAAGAGCUGCGGACUCUUGAAGACGAAACGCAUGCUGAGCACUCAGCGUGGAUUGACGACAAAAGGUAUAAAAGGGUGCCCAUCGAGAUGGAGGAGUGCUCUGUCUUGCCCCUCCUCUUCAUCCACCCAAGAUGUUUCCCCCUCACGCACCAGCCUACCCUGCCCCUCGUCAAGCCUACGACUACUUCGAGUUGCCUACGAGCUUCGGACUUCGCCGAUAUGCUGAAGGUCCGUGGCACCACAUGCCCCUCGAAACUAAUUGUGGCUUUGACAUGAGAGGGCCCCCACCUGGCCUCUUCGCUCCUGGGCGGGGCGGCUACGCUCGCCACCGUGGUGGCCAUCAUCCUGGCGGCUGUGGGCGCGAAUGGCAUCGCCUUGGACGCCAGUAUGGCACACCAAGUGGGCCUCCGCCUCCACCUGAUGCGCCUCACCCGCCUUCUCCUCCCUCUCCUUCUCGCCAUCCUCAUCAUCCCCACGGCCCACCAGGCCCUCCUCACGGACAUCCCCCUUCACCACCCUCUCACCAUGCAGGGACUCGCCGGUCUCCCUUCCAUGGCCUCCGCGAUGAUUUUGCGCCUCCGCAUUACCACCGCCCAAAUGGCUGUCAUUCUCGCCCUUCCCCGCCUCCGCCUCAUCAUGAACAAGGCGCAGGCUGGUAUCACCUGCAGCCGCAACAUGGCCGCCACCACACUCGUGGUCCGCACCACCACCACCACCAUCAUCGUCAUUAUGACACGGACUCGCAUGACAACGAGCUCGCCCACCUCGAAGAUGACUUCGUCCGCCUCGAUAUGACGCCGUCUCUCGAUGAGCACCAUCAUGAUGAUGCUCACCAUCACGGCCCACCUCGUGGACAUCGUCGUCAUCAUCACCACCCUCCUCCACCCCCACCUCGUGGACGUCAGUGUCAGAGAGGGCGGGGAGGCCACCAACACAGCUGCAGAGGCAGGCGAUCGUACUGCCCAGGUCUACCACCCCCGUCCCCUCCGCCUCAUCACGCUUGGCAUUCAGGGGCGCCUACCCAUCAUCUCGGGCAGUUCAGACCCUUCGAGGUUCCCGUCCAGGCCCGAGGCGCGUCGUGGGGAGGAUGGGUAGAACCUUGCCCGCCACGCCCGCCACGCCGUGCUUGCCACUGCAAGCACGCAGCGUGGUAUCAAUGCCAAGAUGAGAGGGAGGAGACUGCAUCUUUGACCGAGUCGUCUUCCUCCUCGUCUUCUUCUUCCUCCUCUGGGUCAGAGGACGAGCAAGAUGCCCAGCGAGACGAUCACAAGCCCGCUGGUGAGACUGAUGCAGCGGAUGAAAAGCUCGAGCCUGACGCCCAUCGUCAGCGAUCCUCCCACCGCGGCCAUCGUCGUCAUCGCAAGCGCCCCCAUCAUCAUCCGCGUCAUCGAGGCGCGCACCGCCACGACAUGCGAGACGUCUACUUCGCACCGGGGUGCUGGUGAAGUUACCUUGAUCCUUGCUACCUGAUUACUUCGUGACCGCUACUCUAUUCAUCGUGUUGUAUCGCCCAACGUUUCUUUACUUCUCGCGUCGACUGCAGAGGCCCCAUCGAUCAUCAAUCAAUCUGUUGUACCAUACCACAGCCCUCGUUUCUUCUCAAGUGCUCGCCGUGACUGACGCUUCGUCGUGGUAGUGAGAAUGGGUUGCGUCAGGUCAGACUUUGGCCCGCUGCGACUUUUGAGCUCUCAAGGGGUCCAACCAACCAACCAACCAACCAAUCGCGUGGCGCGCUGCUCUCUCAGUCCGCCUCGCAGCGUCGCAGCGUCUCAUCGCAUCGCAUCGCCUCG